UUAAAUGAAAGUAGAUUUUUUUCUCAUUUCCUUUAUUGUCAAUUUUGUAAUAGCUAAAUUUUGACAAAACUACUGUUGAAACUCCAUCUCCAGCAGUUCCUCUUUCAUUUCAUUAAACUAUUGAGGGAAUUACAGACAGUGCAGAAAGAGAUCUCUAUAGAGCAUGAGUGGACUAACAAUCUUGGUAUUCAUGCUUUGGAUAUUGAAAGGUGCUCCCAGCAACAUGUGGGAAAUCAAGCUGCCUCAGAAAAUAGAUGCCAUAAGUGGCUUCUGUGUUCAUAUUCCAUGUCAGUUUGAGAUCCCCGACUCAUUCAAACCACUCCUAAGCCAAUCAGCUGAAGCGCUGUGGAAAAAAACAGACAUAGAAGGAGCAACUGUGUUCAGUUCAGCCAGAAAGACGACAUCUCUUCUAAACGGAAACGUGAUUGGCAACAUCCUAAACAAUAAUUGCACCACUGUGUUUCACAACUUUCCUGCUGGAUUCGGUGACACGUAUUUCUUCAGGCUUCAGGGUCAUGAAAAUCUCAAGUACACAUUUAAGCAAGGAGUGAGAAUCACAGUUCAUGAAGAUGUUCUACCGCCUGUCCUGAACCCACAUGCCCAGGUACUGGAGGUUUUAGAGGGUACCAAGCUGACCGUGAGCUGCUCCACUGUGAUCUCCUGUCCCUCAGUGCAGCCCUUGAUGCAGUGGAACACACAGCUAGAAGAGCUGCUGCCACCAGCUCUCCAGAAGGAUGAGGUUGGACAGACAUUGCUGGUCUCCUCUCAGAUGUUUAACGCAACGCCUCUGAAUGACCAGUUUAAAAUCUCCUGCUCCCUUCUGUACAUGCAGGGCACCAAAACACCAGCUGAGAGCAGCAUUACCCUGAGAGUCCUGUAUGCUCCCAGAAACACCAUAGCUCUGGUGAGCCCAUCGGGAGUGUUGUCUGAAGGCAGUGUGGUCACGCUGAGAUGCCAAAGUGAUGCCAACCCUGCAGUCCAGCGCUAUGAGUGGUACAAAUACAAUGGAAAUGGGAAGCUUGAGCUGCAGAAUCAAGGACAGACUAUCACAAUGACAGCCGGGGUUGACGUUCAGGGACUUUAUGUCUGCAAGGUCUACAAUAAUCGUGGGAUUGACCAGUCCAAGGCUGUCUCUGUGAGCAUAAAUGGUUGCCACUGCUCUAUUGCACCAUACAUUAUAUGCGGAUUCCUGAUGCUUUCCCUAAUUCUCAUUACCGCAGUGGAUUUGGUCAAAUACAAAAGCCUACUUAAAAGACUCCAAGCUUCUGAAAAUACAAGAGGACUCAUGACAUACGCCAGCCUGCACAAAACCAGCGACUCAGUAUACAAUGUCAUACAGCCAAGAGCCAACAGAUCUGAAGAUGACUACGAAAACAGACACUUGAGCAAACAACAGUCCAGCUCCUAACUAUGCAGCCAUAAGAGUUAACAAGACACAAAGUGCUGUAGUGCCCACAUUGUAGAUGCAGGUUUCUGACUCCAAUCAUUUUCUCAGUAUUUCGCAAAAAUUAAAUUGGCAAAUGUGUAAAUUAUUCAAUCAAAAAGACAAAACUGGUAACAUCAUACAGUUUAUAGGUUCUUGUGUUUUAUUUUGAGAUGUAUACACUACUGUUCAAACAUUUGUCAUUUUGUAAAUAAUUGAAUACUUUUGUUCAGCUUAAAAAUAUAGUUAUCAAAAGUGACAAACAUGUUUAUUGUAUAAAGUUGAAGGAUAUUUAUGUGUGAAAUAAAGGUCGUUCUUUUAAAGAAUGACAAUGUUUUUGAGCCCCCCCCCCCCCCAACUUAUUACUAAGUUUGUAACUGAUUACUAAGUUUGGUGAACUGAAUAGUGAAUUUAUUUAGUUCAGUCAACUUAUUAGGGUUUUCAGUGUAAUUAUGGUAUUCAAAACGUCAAAUCUUAUGCAGACAGCAUACCAAUACAUUUUCCAAACAUUCAGUUAUCUGGACAAUAAGAAAGUCCUUAGGCUGAGCUUCAAAACGCAAGGCUUCCCAACUAGGAUUUCACAAUAGGGUAUAUGCCCAAGCAUGCUAAUGGGACUUUUAAUUUGCCAGUAACCUGGGUAAGCGCUU